ACACAAAUCGAUGCAUCAAAGGACAGAUUCCUACGGAUAUUGAACGGAUCGGGCAUUGAAGUGGUCACACCUAACGCCGGUUAUUUCAUCAUGGCCAAUUUCACUAAUGUUAUCCACAAAGUAGACAUAUCCAGUGAAACGGACGAGAGGUUUGGAUAUAAAUUAUGCCUUUGGUUCGCAAAACACAAGGGCAUCAUUGUGGAAAGUAUAGAUAGUCGAUAUCGAUACCUUUAG